AUGGGCACAAGAACCAUCUACCUAAUCUCUGCUCGCAACAUCACUUUCCAGCCAGCCAACUUCUCAAUCUUGAGAGAAAGGAACCAAGGUCCACGCCGUCAACGCUCCUAUGGCAGGCUAAGUCUUAGUAUUCAAACGAAACUACAACCCAAUGCCUCCCACAUAAUCGACUCCUCAGCCGACGCGCCUCCACGCAUCGACCCAACCCCGCGAGGGAAUAUCGAGCUUGCAGCAGCGGAGGUUCCUACUCCUGGAAUCAGUCAGAACUUCAUGGCACCUAUCAGUAACAAGCGCUGUCAAGAGUGGACUAUGGAGUAUAUCCGCCACCUGGUUGCGAGGGGUAUUGUCGGCAAAGAGGCGAUUGAUAUUGUUCAGUCGAAGAUGGAUCUACCGAGUCAUGGAAUUGGUCUGCAAUGGAGUAAUUGA